AUGGGACUACAAAUGAGCCUCGCCCUAGCCGGCAACGCCAUCCUCAGCAACCGCUGCUCAUACGACAUCUGGGUCUGGAGUGUCGGCGAGUCCUCCUCCUCAGGCCCCAUCUACAUCCCCGCACGCUCCCAGUACUCCGAACCCUUUCGUAACGCAGGCACUUCCUUCAAAAUCAGUAAAACAAACCAACUUGUCAGCGGCGCACAUACGCAGUUUGAAUACAGCAUCGUGAACAACAACGUCUGGUUCGACAUCUCGCUCGUCGACUGCGCCAAGGGCGAGAACGCUAGUGCGUGUCCUGGCCAGGCCGAGGGUUUGGCUAUGGAUAGCCCGAAUGCGGCCUGUGGCCGUAUCAGUUGUGCGCCUGGUAGUUAUUGUCCGACCCAGGCGUAUUUUGUGGAUACACCGGUGCAGAAGUUGGGGUUGGCUGAGCCGGUCUUCGCGUGUCCUGGUGCGAGUACCAAUUUGGAUUUGUACAUGAAGAUGUGUGCUAAUCAGGCGCCUAUUAAGCGGAGUGUUGCCGGUCGAUUGAUGGCUGAGCUUGGAGGAUAG